GCUAUCAAACCUUUGCCAUUGUCUCUCUUACUAACAUUUAUUUUUUUUCUUGUCCAAGCUGAAGUGAUUCGAGGACGUUACAAGCCAUUCGUUUUCUCCUGUAGCUUUUACAUUUUACUGCGUUACGAGAAAUCAGAGCUUAAUGUGAAAUUGUGGCUUUCGAAUGGACAGUUGUGGCAUCCAGCGAUGUUUUUAAGAGUUUGUGUUUGAUGUAAAAAUAACUCUUCUACAGUCCCAUGGGUUUCUGUGAUUCAACUGAUAUGUUCUGAACAUUUGUUAAUAUGAACACCUUGCUCGUAGACAUCAUCUGGUUUCAUGCUCCUGUCCUCUUGCUGGUCCUAACACCGGAGACUGCAACUUCAUGGUGGUAUAUGGGAGCGGUUAGUUCUUCCUCUUCCCGAGUAAUGUGCAAUAAUGUACCGGGCUUAGUAACUCGUCAGCGACAGCUUUGCCAACGUUACCCUGAAAUUAUGCAUGUGAUCGGUCUGGGGGUAAGCGAGUGGACCACAGAAUGUCAACACCAGUUUCGACAUCAUCGAUGGAACUGCAAGACCCUUGAAAGGGGUCAAAGCCUUUUUGGAAAAUUAAUUUUACGCAGUAGUCGAGAGUCGGCGUUCGUUUAUGCCAUUUCGUCUGCAGGAGUGGUAUUUGCAAUCACAAGGGCUUGCAGCCAAGGAGAACUGAAGUCGUGCUCUUGUGAUCCUAACAGAAAAGGUCCUUCCAAAGACCACAGAGGCAGCUUUGAUUGGGGUGGCUGCAGUGAUAACAUAGACUAUGGCAUCAAGUUUGCCAGAGCCUUUGUAGAUGCAAAGGAGAGAAAGGGGAAAGAUGCUCGAGCUCUGAUGAAUCUUCACAAUAACAUGGCUGGAAGGAAGGCUGUGAAAAGGUUCAUGAAGCAAGAUUGCAAGUGCCAUGGAGUGAGUGGGUCCUGCACUGUACGGACAUGUUGGCUGGCUAUGGGAGAUUUUCGGAAAACGGGGGACUUCCUCCGGAGGAAGUAUAAUGGAGCCAUACAAGUGGUUAUGAAUCAAGAUGGCACUGGCUUCACUGUAGCCAACAAGAAAUUUAAGAAACCUACUCCCAACGACCUUGUAUACUUUGAAAAUUCACCCGAUUACUGUCUAAGAGACAGGGAAGCUGGUUCAGUUGGAACUGCAGGCAGAAUUUGCAACCAGACAUCCCGGGGUAUGGACAGUUGCGAGGUGAUGUGUUGUGGGAGAGGAUUCGAUACGGCCAGAAUCACCACUAUGGCAAAGUGCGAGUGCAAAUUCCACUGGUGCUGUGCCGUGCAUUGCAAAGACUGUCUGGAAACGGUGGACGUACACACGUGUAAAGGAUUCAGAGACGGGGCAUGGAUUGACAAAACAUGACGAGGUCAUUACCAAGACAAUGACAAAUACUGGACCAGCUAUACGGCAGAGAGAGUAUAAAAAGGGGUAAAACUAA